GCGCCCGCCGCUGCGGCCUGCGACCGGCCGGGACCAUGCACACGCCGGGCUCCGUGGACGCGGGCGAGGCGCGCGCGGUGGACAUCGUGGACAUCUGUGAGUCCAUCCUGGAACGGAAGCGGCAUGACAGCGAGGGCUCCUCGUGCGGCAUCUGGGGACAGACGGACAUUGAAGCUGUCGAGGCUCUGGUGUGCAUGAGCUCCUGGGGUCAGAGGUCCCGGCACAGGGGCUGCUCCAGGACAAGGCCCCUCACGCCAGUCUCAGACCCUGGGGAUGCUGCCCCGCCGGAGCUGCCCAAGGACUUCCAUUCCUUCUCGACUCUGUGCAUCACUCCUCCUCAGAGCCCGGAUCUGAUGGAGCCAUCCAUGGGGACCCCCUUCCCUCCCCACGUGACUGACUGCAAAGCACGGACUCCUGAGGCCAGCCCCCUGCCUGCCGCUGUGGCGGCCAGAGGCCUGAGCAGGAAUGCGGAGAUGAGCGUGCCAGGUUCCAGGCCAGACCCUCCGGAGGCAGGCCCUGGCACCCCAUGCCGCGCCAUGGUGACCAGUGUGAUCCGCCACACCGGGGAGGUCCCUGCACCUGCCCACCUGGCCACUGCCCAGACGUCAGAGCGGCCACUUCUCCCCAUGAGGGAUGGAGGAGCGCAGUGCCCGGAGCUCUCGGGGGCUCUGCCACAGCCACGCCUCACGGACAGCGACAGUGUGCUCAGUGCCACCUCGGAGUCCUCUGGGUCGAGCCUGCACAGGGCUGGCGGCUCCCUGCCCAGCAGCCAGAGCCAGCAGGUGGCACAACCCACCACAGUACAGAUCUGCUCACCAAAGAACCGAGAGAAGGACUUACUGAGGAGAGCUGCCCCCCUGAUCUCCGUGCCCGUCCCCAGUCCCCCCGUCCUUUGCCAAAUGAUCCCUGUGCCUGGACCCAGUGGCGUGGUGCCGACUUUCUUGAAGCCCCCUACGCAGUUGGCAGCGGGGACUGUCAAGCCCAUCCUUCCCCAGGCGGCCACCCUGCCCCAGCCCGUGCUCGUGGGCCCGCCGGUGCCCCAGGGCACGGUGAUGCUGGUGCUGCCACCUGGCACGCUGCCCCAGCCCGCAUCCUGCCCGGCCAGCGUCGUGGCUGUCGGGAGCACCAAGCUGCUGCCCCUGGCGCCUGCUCCAGUCUUCAUCACCUCCAGCCAGAACUGUGCCCCUCAGGUAGACUUCUCCCGAAGGAGAAACUACGUUUGCAAUUUCCCAGGCUGCCGGAAGACGUACUUCAAAAGUUCCCACCUCAAGGCUCAUCUCCGCACACACACAGGGGAGAAGCCGUUCACCUGCAGCUGGGACGGUUGUGAUAAGAAGUUCGCCCGCUCUGAUGAGCUGUCUCGGCACCGCAGAACUCACACGGGAGAGAAAAAGUUCGUAUGUCCAGUGUGUGACCGGCGUUUCAUGCGCAGUGACCACCUGACCAAGCACGCCCGGCGCCACAUGAGCACCAAGAAGGUCCCAGGCUGGCAAGCCGAGGUUGGCAAGCUGAACAGGAUCACCACAGCGGGCGGCCCCCGCGGCCCCCUCGCCCUCAUGCCCGCCUCUGCCUGAGGCUCGGCCCGCAGGGGGCGUCUGCAGAAGGUGGUCUUGGACAGCAGGCUGGGGGCUGGUUCUGAGAAAGUGCAUCUACUUUGCUUUUCUGCUCGAGACCCUGUUUAACAUCUUUUGUAGUUUCAGAUUUUUUUUUUUAAGGAAAUGGAAGAUUUGAUAAUCUAAAUCACCAGCAUCCAGACAAGCAUUUUGGCAAUAAAGUUUACAAAAUCUGGGUUUUUACAACCUUUCUAUUCAUGUUUUGUAGAAAUGAAACAGGGUACUAAUUUUUAUACUGUUUUUUAUGAAAAUAUUUAUGAUGUUGGUGCUCUGAUCACCUAGAUAAAUGAUUUUACUGCCUUCUUCCCAGUGCUUAAGGACACGUGUCUAUGACGACACUGCAUUUUGAGUAAAGCAGGCACACGAUUCAGCCACGAAAAACCACAGGUUGUUACCCAACUUCUCAGAUCUAAGAAUGGGUGAAAUAGGUGUCUCUUGGGAAGGGAGAAGGUCUGCAGUCAGUUGCUCAGCAUUUCCGGGCGGCAGCAUGGCCUGCUGACCAGAGACGGCCAAGAAGAUGAGGUCAGCCCUGCCGCGCAGCGGCUCCCCCAGGCCGCAGACCGGGGAGGGAGCGGCCGUGAGCCAGACAGCUCUGCGCAGUGGGAGAGCCCGUGGGAAGGCCUCUGGGCUCGCCAGCUGCGCUUUGCUUUAGCGCCAACAGAAAACUCGUGGGCGUGAGCUUUUCUGUGACUUGCCACCGCUUUGAAGGUGUGCAAGCACACGGCCUGGAUCUAGGAGACGGGCCUCCUGCCCCCGGGAAGCUGCCGACAGGGCUCGUUACCUGUGGGCAUGUCUGGCGACAGGUGUGUUCUGUUGGGCAGCAUUUAGAUCGCGUCUCUGUGUCUCAGUGGCUGGCACGUGCCCUUAUUUAAAUAAUGGCAAGGUGGGCUGUGGGGUCAUUCUGCCUGGUGUUGGGGGCUUCGUGGUCUGAUCCAGCCCUCGCCACUUGCUGUGUUUGACACUCACCCAGUGCCCCGUUUGAUAUCAGCUGCUUUAUGACAUGUUUGUGCAUGGGUGGGAGUGUCGGGGGAGUUCCUGGACGCUUCCCUGGGCGAGUGUUGUGCUAUCUGGGGCAGCACAGUUACAGGUGCCCCGUGACUGUACAUAGCUGGCGUUCUGCCCCCUGCCUUUCUCUGACUCCUGUUGAGUCGGCGCCGACGUGUUAACCGCUGUGUGUGUCCCAGAUAGUGUUACAUCUGGAGCUUCUUCCACGUUCUGUCAGUCCCAUGGGGAAGACAAGGCCUCUGGGCGUUGGCUUGUUUGUCCCAUGGAACUUCGUUCUCAGUGUUGUUUUCUACAUGAUAGGUGUGCUGAGAAGGGUUUUAAUUUAAGUGUCUAUUCCUGUUAGAUUUGGUGACAUCUGUAAGCAGGCCCUUCCUUGCCCUCUCUCCUCCCCCGACCCCGCAGUUUGUUGAACGAUUCUGGGUUGGACAGCAGUUCUGUCCGAGAAGUCCUCCGGAGAGCCGUGCCUUGCCGCGUCCGCCCGGCCGGUCCCUCGUGCACUUUAUCCCCGAGCAGUUGUGCUGGAUCUUUCUUGAGCUUGAGCCUUUUAAGUAGUUUGGAUAAUAAAGUUGAGAAUGUUUCAUAAUUAUGUUUUAUGUAACAGACUUCUUAUUUAAAUGAGUAUAUGUAAUGUAACUUUUUUUCUUUGAAUCAUAUAAAGCUUUUUUGAUUUGUAAACUGGCCUUGUGUGGUGUGGCGUGCUGCGUCGUUAACCCAUGCCCCUGCUCUGCAGUUCCCUGUUGGCCCGUGAAGGACUGCUCCGGUCACUGCC